AGAGCUGAAGCCACUUCCUCCAGCACCUGUCAGCGUCACUGUUCGGUUUUAGGACUGAAAAAUGGCUCACAACCUGCAAGGCACUAUGAAGAAACUCAUUGAUUUGUUCCACUCCUACUCGGGAAAAGUAGGUGACAAGUACCAUUUGAACAAAACAGAGCUGAAGUCGCUGUUACAGGAAGAACUCUCAGGUCUCCUGUGUGACAGCCGGGACCGAAUGGCGGUGGAGAAGAUUUUCAGUGAGCUGGAUACUAACAAGGACGGUGAGGUGAACUUCCCGGAGUUUGUCGCUCUGGUCACUGAACUGAUUAUCGCCUGCGACAAAUUCUUCAUUGGCUUCAAGAAAGACGAGAUGGAGAACUCCAAUCCGAAGAAAGACUGAAAUUCUUCUCAUUAAAUCCAUUUAUAUAAAAAGUGUUGCUCACCUUAAAGAUGUAAAGGUUUGAGUCGUUCCAUAAACACAGAACCCAACAGUUGCAUCGCUGUUUUGUCUUUUUCUCCUUCAAGUCUCCAUCUUAA